AGGCAGCACUGCUUCCGCCCCACAGCUUCCGGUUUCUGUUCCCCGGCAAAAAAUGGCGGCGCUGUUGAAGGCGGUUCGAGGGUUUUGUUCAGGACAUGCAUCACUUAACAGUAUUAAGAAUUUACAGUAUAAGCCAGGAAGGAUUUUAUGCCAGUUACCAUGUAGGGCAUCAGGUCAGAGGAGAUCAUUCACAAAUAAGAACAUGGUCGUGGAACUUGACAACAAUUCAGGAGUUGCUGUGAUUAAAAUGAAGAAGCCUCCCGUUAACAGUCUAAACCUGGAAUUUCUCACAGAGUUUGCAAUUAACCUAGAAAAACUUGAGAUGGACCGAGGAUGUCGUGGAGUUAUCCUCACUUCUUCUAUCCCCAACAUCUUUUCUGGUGGCUUGGAUAUCACUGAGAUGUAUGGGAAGUCACCGGAGCAUACAGGAGAGUUCUGGAGAUCUGUUCAGGAAAUGUGGUUGAAGUUGUACGGAUCUAACUUGGUGACCAUUGCUGCAAUCAAUGGAGCCAGUCCUGCUGGAGGAUGUCUCAUGGCAAUGGCUUGUGACUACCGUAUUAUGGCAGAUAAUCCAAAGUAUGGGAUUGGCCUUAAUGAGACAAAGCUUGGAAUUGUUGCACCUUUCUGGUUCAAGGACACCAUGAAAAAUACCAUUGGAAGGAGAGCUACAGAGCAUUCUCUUCAACUUGGCAUUUUGUACAGUGCUCCAGAGGCUUUGAAAAUUGGACUUGUUGAUCGCCUAGUGGCACAAGAUAAAAUUAUGUCUACUGCUUUGAGCACGAUGUCUGAAUGGUUGACUAUUCCAGAUCAUGCUCGGCAAAUAAGCAAGACCAUGAUGCGGAAACCAAUACUUGAACGACUUUUGGCUCAAAGGGAAGCAGAUAUACAAAAUUUUGUCAAUUUUAUCAGUAAAGAUUCUAUUCAAAAGUCUCUUGAGAUGUACAUGGAGAAUCUGAAACAAAGAAAAGCUGAAUAACUGUGUUGUUAAACAGGGUGGCAUGACUUAAUGGGUAAUAAUUCUAAAGACUCUGAAUAUCUAAUUGUAUUUUUCUGUAUUUUGAUCAUUCCAAAUGAUUUUGGAAUAUUGUUUCUGUAAUUUAAUCAAUGAAAAUUUGCAUCUUUUCCAAAAUGAAAGACAAAUGGAAUUUUAUGUCCAGACCCUUUAUAUUGUAAAGUGUGAAAGUGCCUAAAUCUGCUGCUAUCAGUCUCUUGAUUGUGCAGUUUACUCAAGAAGCUUGUUGAAUGCCUGAAUAGCCUAAUAGUAAUUGAAACAGUAGCUUUCAGUGUAACUUUUACUUAAUUGGUUGAAUCUUUACAAAACAAGUCCGGGAGUUUUGGGAAUUCAGAAUUUAAUUUUUGUGGGAAAGCUGAACUAUUUUUUUGUUCAGAAGAGAUUUUUUAAAAGAUGUCUAUUUCAAAUGAAAAAGUAACUCAUAGGAAAUUGGCGAAGAUGUGAAAUCAAAUCUACGAAAUAACUUGCAGUUGGGGAUAGAAUUAAUCUUUAUACAAACUGGUUUUGUCAGUGAUCUUAACACAGUUUUAGUUAAGUAAAAGAUAGCCAGUAAACCGGUGAUUAAAAUCAACUACUCAUUGUGAAGCAUCUGGUCUUUCAGAAUCAGUAUUAGGUUUAUUAUCAUUGCUUAUAUGAUAUAUGGUUGUUUUGUGGCAGCACAGUGCAAAGACAUAAAAUACCUAUGAAUUACAAAAUAAAUAGUGCAAAAAAAAAAGAAUAAUGAGGUAGCGGUCAUGUUUUCAUGCAUUGUUCAGAAAUCUGAUGGCAGAUAAGAAGCUGUUCCUGAAUCAUUGAGUGUAGAUCUUCCAGCUCCUCCAUAAUGGUAGUAAUGAAAAGUGGACAUACCCCAUAUAGUGAGAAUCCUCAGAGAUAGAUUCCACUUUCUUGAGGCACUACCUCUUGUAGAUGUCCUCAACGGUAGGAAGGGUUGUGCCCCCGAUGGAGCUGGCUGAGUCUUUGCAGCUUGUUGCAACCCUGUACGUUGGAGGCUCCGUAUAAGGUGGUGAUGCAACCAGUCAGAAUGCUCCCCAUUGUACAUGCAUAGAAAUUUGCAAGACUAAUUUGUGACACACCGAAUCUCCUCAAACUAUUAAUAAAGUAGAGCUGCUUGCAUGGCUUCUUCAUCAUUGCAUUGAAGUUUUGGGCCCAGGAAGGAUCUUCAGAGAUGUUGACAUCAAGGAACUCGAAACUGCUCACCUUUUCCACUGACCCCUCAAUCAAAGAUCAAAGAACAUUUAUUAUCAAAGUAUGUAUUCAGUAUACAACCCUAAGAUUUGUCUUCCCCAUAGACAGCUACGGAAUAAAGAAACUCCAUGGAACCUGUUCAAAGAAAAUAUCAAACUCCCAAUGCACAGAAAAAUAGAAUAAAUCGAGCAAAUGGCAAAAAAUGAGCAAAUAACACACAGAAUAUUAAACAUCAAACUGCACAGUAAUUGAAACAGUCUAGGAAUGUUCAGUUUAGUUCAGUUCAGUUCAAUUUAGCACUGUUGUUUGUUGACUGCAGGCUACAGAGUCAGUCCAUCAAAAUCGAGCAGAGUAGCAGUAAAAAAGGAGUAACCAGAAACCCAUAUAACAUGAACUGCAGAGCCCUCUAAAAACAAGUCCAAUCCACAAACAUGCUGAUCAAAACUUGCCCAAGACUCCUGUACCUUCCUCUGACAGCAGUGAAUGAGAGGGAGAGGGAAACAGGUCAAACACAAGCAGACAAUGCUGGACACCUGCUCUCCUUCCGCUCUCAUCUGAUUGAUGAUUUCAAUCUUGCUGGACGUUUUCAUUGGCGACUUGGUCGAAAACUGGAGCCAAUUGUGGAUUUGCACUUCUCCAUUAGGUCUCACACUCCGUUCUCAACCAUGCCAAAUUCUCUCAGAGAUAGCAAAAGCACUCAGUCGGUCCAAAACCACAUUAUCAAGAUGUAAAUUACAAGCUCCAAUUGUACACAGAUUGGUAGUAGAAGUAUAUUUAAAAGAAGGAGAAGAAGUAGUUUCGUGAGCAGACGGCAGGACAUCGGCGUUAAUUGUGUUGGUUGCUGGCACCAUCUUAUUUCAGGGUUAGGGUUGAGUACGGGUGUGUGUUCUCCCAACUUCACCUUCCUGAAAUCCACAAUCAUUCUCUUGGUCUUGCUGAUGUUUAGUGGAAGGUUGUUAUUGUGACACCAUUCAACCAGCUGAUCUCUUUCACUCCUGUGCACCUUCUUGUCACCAUCUGAGAUCUCUUUCGCUGUCCUUGUAGCAAAAGCAUUUGUAUGGUCAGGAUUUUGGUCUAUGGAGAGCUCCAGAAAGAUGGAAGUGGGUUAUUUGCCAGUGUUAAUGCAAUUGGAUUUCAUGGACAGGUGAUUCAUGUUUGGAAAUGACCAUUGUCUUCCACCAACAGCAUUGUGUUAGUUGUCAUAUUUUAGUUCCAGCCUGAACAGUGGUCAUGUCUUGCUGCAUAGGGGUGUUGCUUAUAUCUUCAAUACAACUUUUGAAAAAUUGUUUCACUUUUUAUAUAAUUUGAGAAUCUUCUUCACAUUUUAGUUUACAAGUGAAAAGGUUUUCUCCAGUCAUACCUGUGAUCCAUUAACUUUAAUAACUUUGAAAUACAGUGUAUGCAUUCCCUUCCCCCUUUCCUCUUCUUCAAUUCCCUACCCUGGUCUCUACCUCUUCUCCUUACCUGCCUACCACCUCCCUGUGUCCCUCCUCCUCACCUCUCCCCCAUGGUCCAUUCUCCUUUCCUAUCAGAUUCCUUCUUCUUCAGCUCUUUACCUUCUCCACCUAUCCCGUUACUUCCUCCUCACCCACCCACCUGGUUUUGCCCAUCACCACCUCCCUCCCUUCCUCCCACCUCCAUAUUCUGGCAUCUUCUCCCUUCCUUUCCAGUCCUGAUGAAGGGUCUCGGCCCAAAAAGUUGACUGUUUAUUCAUCUCCAUAGAUGGUCCCUAACCUCCUGAGUUCCUCCAGCAUUUUAUACAUAUUGCAUGUAUUCAACCUUUUUAACCACAGAUGAUAGACAAUGGCAAGACUGUAAAUGGCUGAAGAAAGCUAAAUUAAAAUGUCAUUAAGGUCAGAAGAUUUCACAGUUAAGCCGAGGAUUUACACUCAGUGGCCACUUUAUUAGUUACCUCCUCUCAUUAACAGGGUGCUUUUGCCCACAAAACUGCCGCUCACUGGAUUUUUUUUUGUAUUUUGCACCAUUCUCUAUAACUUCUAGUGAUAGUUAUGUGUGACAAUCCCAAGAGAGCAGCAGUUUCUGAGAUACUCAAACCACCCUGUUUGGCUCCAACAAUCAUUCCACGGUCAAAGUCACUUCGAUUACAUUUCUUCCCCAUUGUGAUGUUUGGUCUGAACAACAACUUCUGGUAAGAUGGCAGUGUGCUUGGUUGCAGUGGCCUCUCUAUGUCCAAGCAAGGACGUAAUUGUUCAUCCUUUAUGACUUUUUUUUGCAAGCAAAAGACACUGCUGGAUAUUGAAAACAUCAAGUACUAAAGGUCUGCUCCAUCAACGAGUUGCUUCUUAGCAAGGCAUUUUGUACUGUGUUACAACCUGUUAGUCACCAAUGGAGGAAGGUGUCGGAGGUGGUGCACGAUCCAAUAAAUGGUGCAAAUCAUUGCCUUGGACAUUUUCCUUCUGGUCACAAGACCCUGUUGGAUUUUGGUAAUGUACAAUAUUGCAAGUUAAUUUCACUGGUUUGUUUGCAUGACUGACAGCAGGGGAGCUGUGUGGCCUUGGUUGUUGCAUGAGCCAGGCCCUCAUGCCACGGGGUCAUCUGCUGCAGUGACCCAGGGGAGGAGACGCUGGAGGCGGUGUCCAGUGGGGGUCCAGGCUGGACCCUCCUGUCAGUGGUUCCCUCCAGUGUUCACUUGGAGUAGGAUAACCUGGAUUCCUUUCUUCAGUGGCUGCACUGGUGUGUGAAUGUGGCUGCAGGACAAACAUCCCAUGCCAUCAACCUACAGGCCACGACACUCAGGGACUUGGGCUAUAUUACUAUUUUUUGUGACUAUGUUUUUCUGCUGCCAUAGUUAUAUUGCUGUGUGUGACUGUUGGUACUGUGCUUUGCAUCUUGGCCCUGGAGGCUGUAUUCAGGUGUAUAGUUGAAUGACAUUGCUACUCCAGCACAGGGCAUUGGAGUUCAAUCACGGCGUCCUCUGUAUGUCCUCCCGUGGAAUGCCUGGGUUUCCUCUGGGGUUUUUAGACCUCUGUAGUCUUCGACAGAUUUAAUGUUGGAAACACAGAUUUGGAUUGAGCACACUGUUAGUAGCAUGUGAGAU